AUGCAUGAUGAGCUAUUGCUAUCCCCUGCAGCCACCAGACGAGCAUCACAGCAGAAGGCAUCAUCAGCACCCGUGCAGGCUCUCAACAUGGUCAAGUACUGGAAGGGACAGCACAUCAUCUGUGUCACUGGCAAAAUCAUAGAGGAGCACAUGAGGAGCGCAGAGUACCGGAAGCCUCAGCUGACAGUGGACAGGGAGUACUUGAGGUGGAACCCUCACACCAAGAGACACAGAACAAACACUCACAAGAAACACUGA